CUUUAAAGAAAUACACAAUGACACCAGAGGUGGUCCUGCUAAAAACAAACUUAGGACCUAUAGACUGUUCAAAUUGGCCUACAAUGAAGAACAGUACCUAAAUAUCGACAACACACGGCACAAAAACGCCGUCACAAAACUACGGAUCAGCUGCCAUAAACUACACAUUGAGACCGGUCGACAUAACCGCACUCCCCUGGAACAACGUAUUUGUCGAUACUGUAAUCUAGAUAGAAUAGAAGAUGAACAUAUAAGAUGACUAUAUACUAUAAACGCCGCAAACAAGACAACAAUGGAAGAAGUACAAAACAACCGGGUGUGAACAAUAUGGAGAACACAUCACGUCUGGAGACAGCGGAACAGAAUCAUCACAACAAAGAGCAGCCGCUAGACGUGUUAAUCCUGGGCGACAGCAACACAAAAGCAAUCAAACCUGAGAUCCUAUACCCUGACAAAAGUGCCAAAAGUGAUGUAACUUUCAAUCUAACAGAAGCCGAGGGCUACAUUCAGAACUCUGCCCUUCCUGCCCCUAAAGGUGAUUCUGUUUCACAUCGGCACAAAUGAUGUCCGGGACGCGCGCGACGCUGCUACAGUAACCGAGGGAUUUCGGAGGCUCGUCCACGUCGCCCACGACAAAUAGCCCAGCACCAAUCUUGUCUUCUCACCCAUUCUCCCAAGGGAUGACCCACACCUCAUGGAUAUAGGUGAUGACAUCAACUCUUUCUUAAAAGUAGUUGCGGAUGAGACAAGCUAUGUACAUAUCACAGACAACUCCAACCUCUCCAGCUCAGGAACAAUCAAGAAAUCCCUGUUCGCCUCAGAUGGCUACCAUCUGAACAGAUAUGGGACUCGAGUGCUGGACCCCCUCAUAGGUCUGGGCGAAUACAAAGGCAGAAGGAGCCAGCUUGCUAGUAAUCAACCCUCUCCGAUCCGCUCAUACAGAGAUGUAGUAAUCGGUGCUCCCACAAGCAAGCAGCGCCAGUCACCUUCGCGCCCACCCACUCGCCAUCAGCCCAUGCGGAUUCAGACCUCUCCAACCUCGAGGCCAGCCCGCCGGCCCUCCGGUCCCCCCAUGGGAAGCCGUUCCUCCACACAAGGGCAGGGACGCACGGCUCCGUUUCCAGAGAACGGACCAGCAAACAACACGCUGAACUCCUCUACACAACAAUCUUCUGUACGGAAGGAACAUCCAUUUUCCGUACCAAGUCUUAAUGUUGGACCCUGGAGUCGCCACCCUCCGCCCGGACCCUGGAGUCUAUCCCCGCCCACCGGACCCUGGGGCCCGCCCGUACCCCACCCUCCUGCUGCCCCCUGGGGACCUCCUCCAGCCCGGCCCAACAUCCCGAACCAGCCCCGCCACGCACCGCCGAAGUUGUUGUUCUGAAGUUUUUCCUAAAACCUGCCUGCAACUUGUGACAGCAGCUCUCCCUAGUGAUCCAGUGCGGUACUGCAGCCUGUGGUUCUACUCCACUCACCAGAUGUAAUCAGUGUCUCCACGGCGGCGCUUCUCCACGAUCAGCUGGGUGUCAUACAGCACAAAGGCACAGAAGAUGGCCAGUCCCACAUACAGCUGUGCCUG